UUUGGUGAUCACAACAGAAGAAGAUAUUAUGCAGUCUUUGCUCCUUUUUUCCCUCUGAACGGCUUCUAUUUAUGAAUGUUUAAUUGCAAUCACUAGUUUUUAAGGCAUAUAAAAAGAAACAGGGAUAUUCAUAAAUGGCUGAAGCGAAAGUUUUAUUUGAUUAUCAAGCAAGCCAGGAUGAUGAAUUAACAAUCAUUGUUGGGGAUAUCAUCAAGAAUGUAGUCAUGUCUGAUGGAGGCUGGUGGGAAGGUGAAAAAAAUGGCCAGAAGGGUCUAUUUCCAGAUAAUUUUGUAGAGAUUAUAAGCACUGGUAAGAACGACAACAGUAAUAGGUUUCAAAUAAGGAAAGGCCAUAUUACUGAAAUGGCAAACAAAAUUAAAGAUGGGAUCCAAAUUGGAGCCAUGAUGUCAAGCAAAAAAAUUUCAGUUGGAUCUAAAAAGAAAAAGCUUGCAAAAGUGCAAUUUGAAUACAUUCCUGAAGCAGAAGACGAACUGGAGCUUCACAUUGGAGAUGUUCUAGAAGUGUACCGUGAGGUUGAAGAAGGUUGGUGGGAAGGUCAACUAAAUGGUAAAGUUGGUAUGUUUCCUUCUAAUUUUGUUGAAAUCCGUGAAAAUCCAGAUGAAGAAGAAAGAGAAAAAAGUGUGAAAACAGAUGAACCUGAAAAGAAAGAUAGUAGCAUUGAUCCUGAAACUAAAGGAAAGAAAGUUAAAGGAGUUGGUUUUGGAAAUAUAUUUGGUAGUGGUCCAAUCAAGUUACGACCCUCAUCAGGUGUAUGGAAAGGUGAGACUGAAGAAAGCAAGGUUGAAAAAGUUUCUGGAAGUGCAUCAACUACAGUUAAAAAGAGCAAGCAAUUGGAAAUGGCUAUUGCUCGAUUCUCUUACCAUGCUGAGAAUGAAGAUGAAUUAACAUUAAAAGAAGGUGAUACCAUUACAAUUCUUAAAAAAGAUCUGGAAGAUGUUGGUUGGUGGAAAGGAGAACUUAAUGGCAGAAUUGGAGUAUUUCCUGACAACUUUGUUGAGAUAAUUCCUACUCAAGAGGAGGCUCCAAAAAUAAAGAAAACUUAUUCAACUUCUUCACAAGAUUCUUCUGUAUUGUCUUCACAAAACAAUAAAUCAACUCGAAGUAACAAUGAAUCCAACAAAGUUGACAAUAAACACAACAAUAACAAAGAUUCCCUUUUAGGAACCAAUGUACAAAGCAGUUUUAAAAGAAUUCGUGAUAAUGAUUCUGUUGAUAAAUCAUCACUACCUGCCCUGCCAACUAAAAAACCCUUUUUGCCACCUCCAGUUGGUAAAAAACCAGCACCUUUGAAAACUGAACUUUCAAAACAACCAACUAUCGACAACAAAGAUUUGAGCAAAUCAAAAGUUUCUGCUAAUGUAUCUGAAAAUAAAAACAAAGACACACACAAAGAAAAAGAUAGCCGAGAUAAAGGAUUUUCUGACUUUGAUAAUUUUGAAGUACCUGCAGCAGAGAAACUUGUACAUUUAACUGCCAACCGAGUAAAACAACCCAAAAAGCGUCCCCCAUCCCUAGUUUUUCUUCAUUCUGAAGAAGAAAAAACUGAAAUUAAAGAAACCAAAGAGAAAGAGCCAUUGCAAGGAGAGAAAAAACAACCUGCUGUUCCAACUGCUGCCACUUCUAUCAAAGCUACUAUUAGAACUGAAAACAAAGAAGUUUCAAAAUUUGAUUCAGUGCCAUCCCAUGUCGUAGCAGAAAGUCAUACUAAAGCAAAGUCGCCCAGUGGUACCACAAGUUUUGAAGUCUUGGCUCAAAAUGAAAUUGGAAGUAAUUUUACAUCUGAUGAAGUAAAAGAACUUAUUCUUGAGAUAAAAGAACUAAAAAAAGAGAUGGUAUCCAAAUCCUGUUAUGAUGAGCUCAAAGCAGACAAUGAACAGUUGCAUCAGGAGAUUGAGGCCCUAAAGAGUUCUUUUCAGCGAAGAUUUCGCAAUAUUGUUAAUGAGCUGGAUGAAGAAAAGAAAGUUCGUCUGAAUAUGCAAGUGGAAAUAGACAGGAUGAAAAUGUUAAUCUCUGAGUCUACGAUCUGAAAGUUGCUGACUGCAAUACCUGCUGUUUGGAGAAUGUAACAAAAUUAACCAUUUUCUUCUUCCAUAUUUCCCCCCCACCCAUACAGACAUUUGCCUUGUCUUUCAUCAUAAACAUUCAUAUUCAUAUAUAUAAUCCAUUUCCACUCACUCUUAUUAUAUGGUCUUAUUUUUUAUUUUGAUUUCAAAGUAAUUGGAAAUGUAAAUUGUACUUAUCGUUUAAAAACUUUCUCAGUAUCCUAUAUGGUGCUAAGGGCAUUAUUAGGAUUGCAAUCCAAAAAAGAACCAAUUUACAACAUUUUCUAUUUGUUGUAGAAAUAUUUCAUAAGCCCAUAGACUUGUACAUAGUUAAAUAUUAUGGGCUGCCUACCUGACUUGUUAGUGUAGAAACCAAAAAAUAUAAAAAAGAAAAACAUUAGUGAUGCGGUGACAAUAUACUUAACAGCAAAUAUUGUGAAUGCUAAAUACAUUUCUGUAAAAAAUUGUUCUUCAACAAUUAUUUUGUAUUUCUAUUAAAUGUUAAGUCAAUCAAUUCACAAUUAUCUGCUGAUAAAGUUAAUAAUUUGGGGGCAACAGCACUAUAUCAUUCUCUCUCUCUCUCUCUCUUGCUCUCUCUCUCUCUCUCUCCUUCACCAGGUAUUACUGCAUCCAGUUGUUCUUUACUUACCAUCUUGUAACCAAUGAAUAAAGACCUAAAAAAGCAGUUGACAGCUGUAUCUUAGUAGUUAAGAGAGAAAUACUAAUUAAAUGACUAUUCUCUGUAACAAAGAUUGAAAUAGAAUAUUGGAUUUUUAGAUUUUAUUUCUAUAAAUUUGUUGUUAAAAUCUCAGUAUUUUGUAAGUUUACUUAUUUUUCAUUUAUUUCUUUAUGUUCCUUAGCUACAUUGCUUCAGGUAAUUAACAAUAGUUUUUCUUCAUCAAAUAUGGUCAACAGUUUAUUUAAGAUUUUUAGAAAUGGUUUACGAUAGAAGAAUAGUUUACUUCCCUAAUAAUCACCCCUGAAUAAGAUUGAAGUUUUAAUAUAUUUUCUAUAAAUAUCAGCAUUCAUUGCAUGUUGCUCUCUAAAAGAACACUUAUUAAUCUCAGUACAUAAUUGAAGUACCUUUUGUCUUAAUGCUUGACAUUCCUCAUUUAUUCUAUCAAUAUGUUUUUUUUAAAUUUUAUAUGUGAAUAAUGCCAAGGGUUGGCUCAUUGGUAACAAAAUUAGCUAAAUGUAACAUUUUGUUGCAAUUAGUAACAUUUUAUUGUAAAUGCUGUUUGAGCAACUCUUGUCAAUGGAUCAGCAUAGCAUUGUUUUCUUAUCUGAAACGAAACAAUUAGUAACUAUUAAUAUGUAUGGCUGUUGUAAUUAAAGUUGAUUGUAAUAUUUAGUUUUAGAAUAGCCAUUGCUUGCCAUCAUUUUCUUUUCUUGUGAAUGAUAAAAUAUAUCUGAAAGAUGACAUUGGUUUUGAAAAUUCAAUUCUGUGUUUACUUAUGAACUCAUUGAUUUAUUAUAGAUAGAAUUUUAAUUUCAUCUCAACAAACCCUCAAGUUUAAAAGCUUAGUGAUAUUAUCCAACUGUAUAUUUCAAAUUAGAUCAAAUACCAAACAUGUUUUCAAAUAUGUUAUACUGAGUAAUUUUAAGAAAUCAACUUUAUAUUAAAUUUGUUAGACAUAAUUAUUUUACUGCAUUAUUCGAGGAAAUCACCUAUUGAUUGCCUUUCUCAUCAUGAAAUGAAAAAAGUUUUCAAUGAAACGUUAAAUUUCAUAAUAGAACAUGCAGUGCUGCUUCAAUUAUUCAUAAAAAUUAAAAUGUAUUAAAGUUAUUUAACUCAAAAAUUAACCUAUUGAAAGCCUAAGAUUAUGUUUAUAAAAUUCUGUCUUUCAAUUUUUGUUGGAAGAAUUCAUUUAUACAACUUUUUAGAAGCAUAAUUUCAGCAUAUAUAAAUUUUCAGGAAUAUUCUUAUAUUCCACUCAUAAACCUGUCCAACAAUUUUUGUUGUUUUUAUUUUGUUGGUGAUUUUUCUUUUGCCAUUUUCAUUCUUCUGCAUUAAUAGAAAUAAAACACAAAUAUUGUAAUAUAUUCUUGAAAAGCCAACUAAAUUAUGACAACAAUAAACUUGAAAUGGUAUCCUAUUAGUCUGUUGUGGUAUUUGCACUUUGAACUGUUAAUUGAAAGCUAAUUAAGAUAUGACUUGGGGGCUUUUAAAUGUAAAAUCUACUAAUCCUACUAUCCUGGGGAGUGUUGAUGGGCCCCUGUCAACUUCACAUGUGAUAUGUCACAAAGUUUAUUGAUCAAGACUCCAGUAUGUUUGUUACAAUUGAAGUACAUCUCUCAGUCAGUUUUAUACUAUAGCAAUGCUGUUUCCAUUGUGAAUUUACAGUCUCAAACAAAAGAGAAUUUGCUUAGAGAUAUUGAGCAGGUCAAGACAUUUCAUAGCUGCUCAUCAUCAUCAUCAUCAUUAUUUAACGUCUGCUUCCCAUGCUAGCAUGGGUUGGACAAAUUCUGUGUGUAUGCAUGAGAGAGAGAGAGAGAGAUUUGUAAUCUAAGUCUAGAGGCUUAACUUCUUAAUCAUAUUUUACUGACUUUCAAAGUGCUUAAUAUCAUAAGAUGUUAAAAGCUGGAUCCCAUUCAUUCCCUUCAUUCUUUAUUAGUAUUUUAUACUAUUAACCUUUUCUUGUAACAUUAGUUCUUUUUUUUUUUUUUUAUUAAAAUAUAAAAGAAAACUUAUCUGAUUUCUGACAACCAAAUUACUUACAGUCUCUAUUCAAGGAGUCUUUAGUCACCAAAUUUUCACUUGACAACACUUUCUUUAGUGUAAUUUAUUAUUAUAUAUGUAUAUAAUUUAUAGAAUUGUUAAAGAAUUAAAAUAAAGAAUUUGUUAGGAUACAGUUUGCUGCUUUAUAUUUUGUAACAUUGAUUCUUUCAAAAAUGUUUCCAUUUCAAAGAUUUACAAUUUCUGUUUAAUUGUAAACCAAUUAACUAAGAACUCUGGCGGGAUAUUGGAAGGAGGGGGAGGAGGAGCUUAUUCAAAAGAGCAUCUAUAGUUUAUAUCUGCCGUGGCUCAACUAAUAAUGAUUAUAAUAAAUAGUUACAAUAACUUAUUCUAGUAAAUACUUUAGAGCAAAAGGUCUGCUCUCAACAAGGUGAGACUCCAAAGCCCUUUCAAUUCUUGAUCAAAGCAAUGUAGUUCACUGAAUCUGUUGGUUCUCUUCAGAAAAUGCACCUUUGUAAAAUAUUUGCUCAAUGUAAAAGAUAUGAACCUUAAUUAUCACGAGCUGAUUGAAUGCCUUUCAAUAUUUCAUUCUUCUGUGUUCUGAAUUGACUUUCCUUUCCUUGCAUCUAGGCUUGAUGAAUACCAAUCAUGGUUUAUUGUCAUCACUCAUAUCGUUACUUAAUUAAUUCAGCAAGCUAAGAUGUGGGUUCUUUUCUUGAAGUUAAUUUACCAAUUCUACAUAAUUUUAAUGAAUAUAUCAUUAUAGCAUUUAUCAAAACAGGUUGGUUUGUUUUUAUCUCUUUGUUAAAUACACAAAGUAUAUUAUUGAAACUGUUAUAGCUUAUUGAUUUUUUCUAAUUUGCAGUAUAAAGUCAGUAACGAUAUAAUCAUUAAAAUCUUUGUUUUUAAUACAAAGAUUGUCAGUUAUCUGCAAGAAGAAAACCUUUUUUUUUAAUUUAAAGAAAACUAAUUUGUUUUGAAACACAGAGAAAAAUUCUUAAUGCUACAUAUUUUCUCUAUUGUCCUCUCAAAGAUUAAAUAUAAUAUUGUUUAAAGCAAAAACCUUAUUUUGCAAUGCAGUAAUUCUGCUUUUUAUUAAAGUUAUGUAAUUUACAAUGCUGAAAAGAGUUUUUGACUGGGGCAGGGCUGGGGGCCGUCAUCCCCCCAUCCCCACUACCGUCUACCUGUGUAGUUUACAAAAGUUUAUUUCGUUCAUCCAUCUCUCUCUCUCUCUCUCUCUCUCUCUCUCUCUCUCUCUCUCUCUCUCUCUCCCUUUUCUUAUUGCACUGCAUUAAUAGAAAUAACUCUACCUCUAAAUUGGGACUGAAUAUGCAUGACAAAGUCUUUUAUUAAAAUCUGUUAAUAAACCUGCAAAAUGAUCAAUUCUUUUGAAAGUAAAAGACUUGAUGAAGUCAUGUAUAUCAGUUUGUUUAAUAGAAUAAUAUAUUCUACCACUUAUUGUAAUUGACAUCACAAUUCAAAAAGAACAUAGAAUGGUUUGGGUUAUAAUUUUUUUUUUAAAUAAGCAUUCCUGAUUUUAUAUAUAUAUAUAUGUAUAUAUAUAUAUAUAUAUAUUAGUCUCAAUGAACUGAAAAUAAUUUGUUCAUGUAGACAACAAUGAUGUUUGUGUGAAUUUAGUUUUAUUCCCUUUUCUGAUCAACAACUUCUGUGAAGUUGUUCUCAUCAUAAUUUAUCUUCUUGUUAUUAUCUCCUUUAACCAAUUGUAUGCUUCAUAUAUCAAAUCCAAAAAUUCUAUAAUUAUUAGAAUCUCUGGAGAGACGUGUCUUGUAACCACAUAGCAUGGACUAAUUUUUUAACUGAAGUGCUGGAUUUGUCAAUGUAGUUUGCCUACAUCCCAUCAUUAGAUCACUAAUGUAAUGUGUCUUUGAAUAAAAUCAAAUUCAAUAAUGUA